GCCUGUCGGCAGUGUGAGAAGCCCAGGCGUGUUGGGCAAUCGUGGUUUCCUCCCUCCUGGCCUGCAGGAUUCAGCCGAGCCAGCCGGGCCCUGGGCAUCUUGGGGCCUUGUCCACUCAGGCAUGGAAGAGACAGUCGUGAAGCCCUCGGUGUUCGUGGUGGAUGGACAGACAGACAUCCCGUUCAGGAGGCUGGGGUGCAGCCGCAAGAGACAGCCCUGCAGUGCUACCCAGCUGGGACUGGGCCUCAUGCUGCUGUUGGUGGUGGCUGGACUGGCUGUCCAGGGCUGGUUCCUGCUGCAGCUGCACUGGCGUCUAGAGGCGGUUGGCGCCCCCCUGCAGGACAAAGGUGCAGAACCCUGGGAGCAGAUGCUGCAAGAGCGGAAGCCCCAGCAACACAGCCCAGCAGCACACCUCACAGGGGCCAACUUCAGCCUGACUGGCAGCAGUGACCCGCUGCUGUGGGAGACGAAACUGGGCCCGACCUUCUUGAGGGGCCUCUGCUACCGGGAUGGGGCCCUGGUGGUUACCCAGGCCGGCUACUACUACAUCUACUCCAAGGUGCAGCUGGGUGGUAAGCGCUGCUCCCAGGAAUCGUCCAGCUGCCUGCCCAUCACCCAUGGGCUCUACAUGCGCACCGCCAGCUACCCCGAGGAGCUGGAGCUGCUGGUCAGCCGGCAGUCGCUGUUGAGGCAAGCAGGCAGCUCCCAGGUGUGGUGGGACAGCAGCUUCCUGGGCGGAGUGGUCCACCUGGACGUGGGGGAAGAGGUGGUGGUACGCAUGCCGGGCGAGCACGUGGUCCAGCUCCUCGACGGCACACGCUCCUACUUCGGGGCCUUCAUGGUGUGAAGGACGUGGUCGGGGCUAAUCUAAGGUGUGUCUGCGAUAACUGAGAGACCUCAGAGGAUGCCUCAGGACACAGAAAAACACGAGCGGAAGUUUUUAGAGCGGGCCUGGGGGACACCCAAACGUGACAGGUGGAGAGCUCAGUGGGGACCAGUGAUGCCGAGAACCCAGCUGCCCCGAGAAACAGCAGGCACCUCCGAAGGACCAAAGGAGACUGCAGGCCCUGCCAUGGACAACCCCGAGGACGUCAACCCGGAGACCGGGGGUCUGUUAGUCCCCAGGCAGGGGGUAAAGCCGAUCUUGAUAUUCAGGGGUGGCUAUUUAUACUUCUGAUUCAGAUCAAAGGGACAUGGUGAUGGUGGUGGUGGUUGGCUAAGACAGGAAAUUGUAUUUAUACUUUUGAUUCAGAUUAAAGUGGGACAUGGGGUCCAGGGAGUUGACUGAGAACAGAAAAUUUCUUAACACCCUCUACCCUCUCACAAGUGUGGGCGAGUCUGGGGGGGAUUGCGAGGAUUUAUCAUCAAGACUCACCCACCUUGGAGAGCCCAGCCCAGCCCAGCCCUACCCAUGGUCAUAGUCAUGACCCAAGUUCCACCCACGGGGCUUGCAGCCACACCACAGCCUGGUCACAAAGCUACACUCAGAGAAACAGGUGUAGGGACGUGCUGGGAGGUGUUCAGCAACCAGCUGUCCCAGGAGGGGAUGCCCAUUUCCAUGAUGCAGAUAUUCCCUCUGCGGUUGGUUUCUGGCUCCCAGUGUAUAUCUCCCACAGGCCGGCUGACACCCAGCACUGCUGUUUUAGCACCCAAGCCAGAGCCUGGAGCACAGGUACUUGGAAAAUGUUUCGAGAGAGAAAAAGAGAGAGUGAGAGAAGGAAGGGAGAGAAGGGAGGAAAAAUGAAAGA